AUGGCAGAGCAGGCCCCACCCACAUUCAAGCUCGUCCUGGUCGGUGACGGUGGUACUGGCAAGACCACCUUCGUCAAGCGCCACUUGACUGGAGAGUUCGAGAAGAAGUACAUUGCCACUCUUGGUGUCGAGGUUCACCCUCUGAACUUCACCACCAACCUCGGCAAUAUCCAGUUCGAUGUUUGGGACACUGCUGGGCAGGAGAAGUUCGGUGGUCUCCGUGAUGGUUACUACAUCAACGGUCAGGCCGGUAUCAUCAUGUUCGAUGUUACCUCCCGUAUCACCUACAAGAACGUUCCCAACUGGCACCGUGAUCUUGUCCGUGUUUGCGAGAACAUCCCCAUCGUUCUUUGCGGUAACAAGGUUGAUGUGAAGGAGCGCAAGGUCAAGGCCAAGACCAUCACCUUCCACCGCAAGAAGAACUUGCAGUACUACGAUAUCUCCGCCAAGUCUAACUACAACUUCGAGAAGCCCUUCCUCUGGCUUGCCCGCAAGCUGGUCGGCAACGCUCAGCUGGAAUUCGUUGCUGCUCCCGCCCUUGCUCCCCCUGAGGUCACCGUCGACCUUGACCAGAUGGAGAAGUACCGCCAGGAGAUGGCCGAUGCCGCUGCUCAGCCCCUUCCCGACGAGGACGACGCCGAUCUGUAA